GCCGGGGAAGGCUAGGGCUGAGGGGGCCAGGCCGCAGCUGCGAGGCCCGGCACCACCGCGGUCUCGGGUCUGGAGUGGGAGUCGCAGGUGCAGGAGAGGGAGGGUCAAGGGGCGCCUUUCUACUGCACUUUUUUUUGCAUUCAGGAGAUUGCCUAGCUGCAAUCUAGAGAGGUUUGCAUGAGCUUCGAGUCUGCCUGACAAGUGAGGAAAUGAGGCCAAGAAGCGGGAAGGGUUGCCAUCUGCUGGGCCACGCCACCUGCUAAGGGAAGGCCGGGGACCAAGGCCUCGGAGGUCUGCGUUCCCAGGCCCGCUCGGUGGGCGUGGGGAGCAAGGGCCCUGCUCCGUUCCCUCGAGACUGCAGAAGGCUCUCUGAGGGGAGGAGCACAGGACGCAGAGGAGGAGCCAAGUCCGCCCCAGGAGUGGGGACCCAAUCCUCGGGAAUAAAACGCAGAGCCCGGGAGGAACCCCGUCAGCCAGGCGGGCAGAAAGCUCCGGGAGCGGCCUCAUGGAAGACAAGCAGAUCCUGUGCGUGGGGCUAGUGGUGCUGGACAUCAUCAAUGUAGUGGACAAGUACCCGGAGGAGGACACGGACAGCAGGUGCUUGUCCCAGAGAUGGCAGCGUGGAGGCAACGCAUCUAAUUCCUGCACCGUCCUCUCCCUGCUUGGAGCCCCCUGUGCCUUCAUGGGCUCGCUGGCCCCGGGCCAUGUUGCCGAUUUUGUCCUGGAUGACCUCCGCCGCUAUUCUGUGGACCUACGCUACACAGUCUUUCAGACCACGGGCUCUGUCCCCAUCUCCACAGUCAUCAUCAACGAGGCCAGUGGUAGCCGCACCAUCCUCCAUGCCUACAGCUUCCUGGUGGCCGACUUCAGGCAGCGGGGCGUGGAUGUGUCUCAGGUGGCCUGGCAGGGCAGAGGGGAAACCCCAUGCUCUUGCUGCAUCGUCAACAACUGCAAUGGCUCCCGCACCAUUGUGCUCUACGACACGAACCUGCCAGAUGUGUCUGCUGCGGACUUUGACAAGGUUGAUCUGACCCGGUUCAAGUGGAUCCACAUUGAGGGCCGGAAUGCAUCGGAACAGGUGCAGAUGCUGCAGCGGAUAGAACAGCACAAUGCCAGGCAGCCUCCUGGUCAAAAGAUCCGAGUGUCCGUGGAAGUGGAGAAGCCCCGAGAGGAGCUGUUCCAGCUGUUUGGCUAUGGAGACGUGGUGUUUGUCAGCAAAGAUGUGGCCAGGCACUUGGGGUUCCGGUCAGCAGUGGAGGCCCUGAGGGGCUUGUAUGGUCGUGUGAGGAAAGGGGCUAUGCUAGUCUGCGCCUGGGCUGAGGAGGGCGCUGAUGCCCUGGGCCCUGACGGACAGCUGCUUCACUCGGAUGCUUUCCCUCCACCCCGGGUGGUGGAUACUCUGGGGGCCGGAGACACCUUCAACGCCUCAGUCAUAUUCAGCCUGUCCCAGGGGAAGAGUAUGCAGGAGGCUUUGAGAUUUGGCUGCCAGGUGGCCGGCAAGAAGUGUGGCCUGCAGGGCUUUGAUGGCAUUGUGUGAAUGCCCGAUGGUGGCGGUUGCUGGCUUACACUACCCCCCUCCUUGGAGGCUGGCAUCACCGGCCGCCGUUGCCUUCUCCCCUCCAUCCAGCCUGGCACAUGGGCUGCCCUGCUCCCUGGGCGGAUGCAGACCGCGGGAGGGUUCCGCCUGUGUCCUGUGUCUCUCUCACACUGCUGAGCCACACAGAAAUAAAUCUGCCCCAAAGCCA